UCAUAUACUUUGGUUACAUAAAAUAAAAAAUAGUGUCCUUUCUUGACCUAAACUAUAAAUAUAUAUUUAUAUUAUCUCCAAUCUCAAUGAUGAUCCAGCAAAUUAAAAGAGAACAAAACUAGUCAUCUAUCUUUUUCUUAGAUCAUCAUUUUAUUCCGAUGGGAAGGAUCACAAGUUUUGCAGAUCUCAUAGGCAAAAUCAAAGACAAAGCUUCUCAGAGCAAAGCUGCUUUUGUCUCAUCAAACACUAAAGGCAAAACUCUUUCUUUCCAUCUCUCUGUCCUCCGUGCUACUACUCACGAUCCUUCAACUCCGCCUGGAAAUCGUCACCUCGCCGUUCUACUCUCCGCCGGUACUGGCUCACGAGCCACCGCUGCUUCCGCCGUUGAAGCCAUCAUGGACCGUCUUCACACCACUGGAGAUGCUUGCGUAGCUCUCAAAUCUUUGAUCAUUGUCCAUCACAUCGUCAAACACGGUCGCUUCAUCCUCCAAGAUCAGCUCUCUGUUUUUCCGGCUUCCGGCGGCCGUAAUUAUCUGAAACUUUCCGGGUUUAGAGAUGAGAAAUCCCCUUUGAUGUGGGAGCUUUCUUCUUGGGUCCGAUGGUACGCUUUAUAUCUUGAGCAUCUUUUAUCAACUUCAAGAAUCAUGGGAUUUUUCAUAUCUUCGACAUCGAACACAGUUCACAAAGACGAAUACGAAGAAAUGGUUUCGUCUCUUACCAACUCUGAUUUGCUUCGUGAGAUCGAUGCGCUUGUUGGCCUACUAGAAGAAGCAUGUAAAAUCCCGGAUCUACCCUUCUCCGGUGGCAAAUCUCUCGCCGACAAGAUCACCCAUUUGGUCGGAGAAGACUACGUGUCUUCGAUCAACGAGCUUUAUACGAGGUUCAACGAGUUCAAAGAGCGGUCCAACACUUUGAGCUUCGGAGACACCGUCGAGCUUGUCUGUGCUUUGAAGCGGCUCGAGGGUUGUAAAGAGAGGUUGUCUGAAAUGUGUCAUGGGAAUUGGAAGAGAGGUUGGAUCGAUGGGUUCUGGGGUUUGGUUCUUGAGGUCAAGGCUAUCGUUGGUAAUCUAGUAGAUGAUAAUUAUGGGCAGGUUGGGAAAUCGAUUGUUGAGUUUGGGAAGAGAGAAAAAAGAUACGAAUCGGCUCGGUUUACCGACCGGUUAAUUAUGGGUUACGGUGAUGCUGUUCGGUUUUCUUCUGGUAGAUUUCCGAAUGUGGAUCGGUUUAAUUUACCCGGUUUCUUCUAAUCAACCAUUAUGUUGAGUGGACGACUUUGAUCUUCUUGUGAAUUUUUUGUUUUGGUUUAUUUGUUUCGGUCAGUUGU